AUGGAUUUGAACAAAAUGAACGACGCUGCUAAGAACGAGGAGUCCGAUGCUCCGCCAGCCACACCUGUUCGUGUCAAUACUCAACGAACUGUGCUGUUAGCGCGAAAUAGCUUGGAGGAAUGUUUUGGGUUCGCUCUGCAGACAUACGUUUUCAAACGCGGUCCAUAUGGAUUGAAAGAGCGGAUUACUUAUAUUGAUUAUGUGCGUGAUAAUAGCAUCGCAGCAGCCGCUGGUGUUCAAGAAGGAGAUGUUGUACUCGCUGUGAAUGGCUCACCCGUGUUACAAGAAUCGCACGCUGACCUUGUAAAGCUCAUGUCGUCUCAGUUGGAAUUACGCCUUGUUCUUCUUUAUCAGGAUAUCUCAAGGAAUUCUUGCCCUGUCAGAUCGGAAGGUUCUUUAUCAACUGCUGCUCGCAGAGCUCGGUGGCUAUCCGUUUGCCAAGACAUUUCAAAAUCUUUGAAUCUUUACCGCAAGCUGCUGAACAAGGACUCCAAACCGGAGUUCUAUCGUUUAUGUCCUGCUGGCCCUUCAUCUACCUGUUGUGACGUCCCCGCGAGCUAUCAAAGUAUUCAACAAAAUGGCAAGGAUACACAGUCGAAGACUACUCGAAACACUUGCAGGAUGACAUCAUCUGGGCCUCCUCCAGCAAGCCCAUCAAAACCAGGAUCUUUCUCAGCACGUUAUGAAGCUUUUAUUUCACGUUGGCCAACGAUUCAUGGAUUACACAGGAUGGUGGUAGAUGGUUCUCGCUGGUGUUUCUCGGACAUAAAAACGUACAUACGACUGAAGCGUGAGCUAUCCUCAGACGCGAGAACCUUAGAGAACCUAAGCAUGCCCGAAUUGGAGGUGCUCGUGCAGAUGCCCACCGAACUACCAAGGGUUGCGGUAUGUGCUGUGCUCCUGCCUUUGCCUUUUGGAUUUUAUGUGAUUGCCUUCGCUAUUAUUCUCUUCCCUCGUUUCAUCUUAACCCGUCAUUUCUGGAGUGAUCGUCAACGGACGAAAUUUUUCCAGAUGGACAUUGAACAUUCUCUAGCGAAUACUUCGCUUCGCAAAAUCAUAGGAAAUCCAUCAUCUGUGGAGCAAGUACGGUUGCCUAAUCUAAAUCAACUGAGUUUCGAGGCACUGAUAGCGUUAUCAUCGCUGCAUUCCAUAUAUCCGCUGCCGGGCGUGAGGCGUCGAUUUACGCUGCGAUGUAAAGCAAUGCGUCAGUUGGACAAGAUUUUGGAAAGCAACUUGAAGUCUCUCACCGAGCGGCAGUUACAAUUU